AUGCGCUUCUCAGUCCCCGUUCUCGCUCUUCUUGCCUCCGGCGGCAUGGCGUCCCCGAACUCCAUCAUCAGCCGAGACGUGACCACGACCGAGGCCGUCACCGAGGCCAUCAGCUUCGCCGUCGCCGCCGACGACUGCGACCUCCUCAAGUGCGCGGCCGUCAUCGCCUCGGCCGCCUGCAUCGGGGCCAGCAUCGCCUUGGGACCUGGCGGCAUCCCCAGUCUGCUGGGCUGCACCGCUGGUGGAGCCAGCGCGAUUUGCCCCUGUGCCAACUGCGUCGAUGCCCUUGGUGACUUCCUGAAGAACAACAACGUCUGCCCCGCUUAG